AUGUCCAAACCGAUCGUCUCAUUGGCGAGCCUCAGUCCAGACUUCUCCACGACUCCAAUGACGUCUCAACAUGCAUCCGAACCAGCACCAUAUUGGCCCUCACCCUCAACCUCAAGCGUUCACGCCUUGACAGCCCAACCCUCCAUUCCUUCGCACAAUCGCAAAGAUGUUUUUCCACUCAUGGAGCUACCCGCCGAGCUGCGCAUCCUCAUAUACCGGAUGUGCCUCAAGCGUAACCACCCAAUUCACCUCCACAUGCCCUUACCGGAACCACCCCCACCCGAUAGAGAAAUCUCAGUCUUCGAUUCUGAAGGCGAAGAAGAACCAACUUGGGCACAACCGGCGCUUAGGACGCACAUGCGGGUAACACGAAGUCAGAGGACCCAGGUCCAUGUAACGAACCCUCGACUUACCGCCGAGCGCCCUAGUACAUGCGGCCGCGACCGUGACGAUAACCUAAACUGCGACCCUCUAGUUACUGCAAUCUUGCGCAUCAGCAAGCAGGUCCAUCAUGAAGCACGACCCGUGCUGUAUGGAGACAACGAAUUCGUCGUCGGGCUUGACAGUGCUUUACAUACGCUAUCACGCCUGCAUCAGCGCAGCAGGAGCUUGAUCAAAGUUCUCAUCAUCUCGAUCAACAGCCAUCAUGAUAUCUUGGAAGGCUUCGCGGAUCUUAUACGGAUGGGCAUGCGGUAUUGCUGGGGGUUGGAAAUACUACGCUUGAAACUCACGACCGCCUUUCCCGAAAUGGAUCAUACUGUAGCAUUGUCUGGGCCGAGCUGUGUGUACGCGAAUGCAUUUCAUAUCUUGCGCUGGCUGCCCAAACCAUGCAAGGUCCGCUUGGAGGGUCGGGUCCCCGAAGUGAUUGAGCGGAUUGUUCGGGAGAACGAGAGGAGCGCCGAGACUUUGGAUGAGCACGCAUACCAGAAACGCCAACAUCAGAUGCCUGAGAAGGGAACGGUUACCAACAGCUACACGCCCAGUGAGAAUGGGAUAUAA